AUGGACGCAUUCAGGCUGCUGACGCGGUCGACGAAACUAAAGUCGAUAUCCGGGAGGCAGAGCACCGCGACCCCAUUACAAGGAGGCCGCCUGCCUUCAGCCGGCAAGGCGGAGAACCCGCAGCUGUUUCGCGGCUCGUCAGCAGCGGAGGAACAGCAGCAGUCGAAGAAGAGGAAGCGAGAGGAGGAUGGCGACGCGAAUGAGAAUUCUGACGCAGAGGACGAUGUCAAUUUGGAUUUCUUUAGCUCCGCAAAGGGCCUGUUGUCGGGCAAUGCGAAGGACUCCAAAAAGAGGCCCAGAAAGGAACAUGCUGACGGGCAGAGUGUCUCUGAUUCGGAUUCAGAGGGCGAAGAUGCACAGGUGAUGGAUGAAUCUCAACGACGGUCCAUCCUCAAAACGCACAAGAUCAAAGUCACCGAUCUGAGGGACCUCGAAGAGAUCCUGCCCGUCGCCAAGUCUGAAGACGCGACAAAGGAAAAGGAGAAAAAGAAGAAGAAGAAAGAGAAGAAAGAAAAGAAAGAAAAGUCGGCUGUUCCUGCGCUGACGAAAAAGCAGCAGAAGGAACUCCGUCGCUUGUAUCCUGAACCGCUGGUUUCCUUUCAGCAGCUGCGGAAGAAGUAUCGCAUCUCGAGACGACUGGCCGAAAACAUCGCCGAGCAGGGCUUCUCUGUGCCGACGGAGGUGCAGAUGGGAAGUCUGCCUCUGCUGCUGGGCCAUUCGCCGUACUCUGGCGAGACUCGGCCUGCGGAAACUCCAGAGCCAGAUCUGGCGGUCGUGGCUCCGACUGGCAGUGGAAAGACGCUCGCCUUCAUGAUACCAUUGAUCACGAAGAUUGUUCGCCAUCACCAUGAGCAUCCAGGGAAGCGUGAGAUAUUUGCUGUCAUCGUCGCGCCGACCAAGGAGCUUGUUUGGCAGAUUGUGAACGAAGGGCGCAAGCUGGCUCUUGGAACGGGAGUGAAGAUCACUGGCAUGAAGAAGGGGAUGCAAGUUCUCGAGCGUACGGACGACGAUGAUGAACCAUUAGAAGAAGAGAGGGAAGAAGACAAUCGGGAAUCUUCCGAAUCAGAAGAUGAGAGCGACGAUGACGCCGAUGCCAACGCUAACGGAACGACGCGAUCUGAGAAAAAGAAAAAGCCCCGACGAAAGAGCACGAUAACCAAGAGCGAUAUCCUCGUGACGACGCCGCUGCUUCUGGUCAACGCUCUGUCCGCAAACCAGACGAAGAGCGUCGCGCCAAUGCCUUCGAUCAGAAACCUGGUCUUGGACGAAGCCGAUGUGCUCCUGGACCCUCUCUUCCGCGAGCAGACAACCAGCAUAUGGAGUGCUUGCACCAAUCCCCAGUUGCGUGUCUCCAUGUGGUCGGCGACGAUGGGCUCCAGCAUCGAGCAGCUCAUCAAAUCGAUCAUCCAGGAUCGACGGACGUCUCUUGGCCUGACUGAUAAAACACCCCUGAUCCGGGUUGUCAUCGGGCUGAAAGAUACCGCCGUCCCGAAUAUCACCCACAAGCUCAUCUAUGCGGCCACCGAGCACGGCAAGCUGCUUGGUCUCCGACAGUUGAUUCAUCCCACUGCGACGAUUGCUCCGCCGGAGACUCGGCUGAGACCGCCCUUCCUCAUCUUCACCCAGACAAUUCCACGUGCUGUGGCACUGCAUUCUGAACUGCUCUACGAUAUCCCCCCCGAGGCAGGCGGCUCCUCGCGCAUUGCCGUGCUCCAUUCAGAGAUGUCGGAAACCCGACGGUCCGAGAUCAUGAAAGGGUUCCGCAAGGGCGAAAUCUGGGUGAUAGUCACGACGGACCUCCUGGCCCGGGGCGUCGACUUCCGGGGCAUCAACGGGGUGGUCAACUACGACAUCCCGACGUCGGCCGCGGCGUACGUCCACCGCGUAGGGCGAACAGGGCGCGCAGGACGCGAGGGCGGCAUCGCGGUGACGUUCUACACGAAGGAAGACAUCCCCUACGUCAAGCCGAUCGCGAACAUGAUCGACAUGAGCGAGAAGCUGCAGGGCAAGCCGGACAGCGAGAGAUCGGUGCAGAAGUGGCUGCUGGACGCGCUGCCGGACCUCAGCAAGAAGGACAAGAAGGAGCUGAAGCGCCACGGCGUCAAGGCCCGACAGGCAUCCGCCAAGCUCGUCGACGCCAAGGAGCGCGCAAAGACGCGGAUCAGCACGAAGAGCGGCUUCGAUCGCCGGAGGGAGAACAAGAGGAAGGCGGCGAUUGCGAGCAGUCGCCAGAAGAAGCUCCGGGCGAUGGAGGGGUCUAAUAAUAACGAUAAUAACAGCGGCGAUGAGGAAUGGGAGGGGUUUGACGAGUGA